AAAAUGCGCCAGCCCACUUCGGACCUUCCGGACGGUAUAUGAAAUGGCCCUCGAUGAGCUCGAAGCAUCAUCGGGUUAUCUGCCUCUCGAUACACCCGGCGAGGGAUCUAUCCUUUGAGUCGUUUAGACUGACAAAAGAAUGGCGCCCAUCUCUCGGACCGAAGUUAUCAAGAGUCUCCAUAAUCAGACUUUCACCAUCCGCGGGCUUCGCUCAGCCUUUGCCAAUUGGCCUUUUAAAGUGAACCCUUAUUUGGAUCAAGCCCGCCAGGAUGUCGCACUUAUGCUGACAAGUCGCUUCCCGCACCACCCCAAGUUGCGCAAGCUGCUCGGUGGCGAUUAUGGACUCUUUGGCGCUACAUGGUGGCCGUGUGCUGGAUAUAGGCAACUUCUGGUUGCUACCUAUCUUUCUCUGUGGCUUUUCAUGUGGGACGAUGAGCUCGACUCGGACGUGGGAAGCCUUGCAAACCAUUUCGAUAUGGCACAGGAGUAUCGGGCGGAGACUCUCGCUUUUGUCCGGAACCGACUCGGUCUUGAUGAUUCCAAGAUUACCAUGAUUAGCAGUAAUGAAGUGAUUAGCAGCUUCGACUUCAUUGGAGACUCGUUGCGAGAGUCUUGCACCUACGAACAACGGCAAACCUUUGUAGAGGAAUUCUGCUUUUUCAUGGAAAAAUCGGAAACGGAACAGCGUCUGCGCUUGGGAGAAUAUCUGGUGACGAUAGACGAAUUCUCCCGCUAUCGUCUCGGUACGAGCGCAGUGCGAGUGGUGCUCGCCAUCAACCAGUUCUGCCAUUCCACCGAUCUCCCAUCCUAUGUCACCAAAGAUGCAGACUUUGUCGCGCUAUGGGACCUGGUCAAUGUGAACAUCUGCAAUGUUAACGACUUACUGUCGGUUAAAAAGGAAAUUGCCCAAGGAGGUGCCGAGAGCCUAGUACCCAUCCUGUACGCCAAAUAUGGAUCAGUGCAGAAGGCAGUCGACCAUAUCGUGGCCGGCAUUCGGCACACCAUCACCGAGCUUGAUGCUACGGCCAAGAGGCUCCGAAUACGAUAUUCGACAGACUUGGACGUGCUCAAGGGCCUCGAGAUUUUCAUCGAUGGGUGCAAGUAUUAUUGCACUGGCAACUUGACAUGGAGUCUUUCCACCGGGAGAUAUGGAGUUCAUCAGGAGUCAGAACCGGACAAUGUAAUAAUUGUACUAGGUGGAAGCGACGAUUAGGAGGUGGGGGAUGGAGUAGUGUGAAGCACAUCCCUACUCCAAGAUAUUUGGCGUGUCAAGUGAUUCCAACUUUAGCACAUAUACGUUGCUUUUCUCUGGUUUAAUUUGAUUUAUCAGAUGGCUAAGUCGAAGACUCACUUCCACCCCUUCAACAAAGUCAUCUAUGCCAUGGCACGCAAUUGAUGAGGCUUGACAAAGGAUGUAAAAUACCUUGUUCCUCUUGGUUGACUACCAGGAGCGAGGCCACGCAUAGUGCAAUCUCUCGGGAGUGACUGGUGGCCAGGAGUAGUAGAAAAAGCGCCGGGACUGUCCAGUGUCAUUCCAGACAGACCGAUCUCGAUACAGGUCCCGGACCUGUAUGAACCAUGGUUCUGGGUUGUACAGGUUAGUGCCAUCCCUCAC